UUCUAUUUUACCCUCUUUUCAGCGUCUGAAGCCUGGUGGAAUACUGCAAUGGCAGCUCAGAUGACUGAUAGUCAUCGACGGUUCCUGCAGGUCCUGAUGUCUCAUGGGAUAAUGGAAGGAUCAGAGGCUAGGAAAUUACACAGGCAUUGCUGUGAAAUGCAUAAAGUCUACUAUGCACAUGAUAAAUUGGAUGAUUUCAUCAAUACUAUUAACGUCCAUCUGCAGCCUUUGUUCAUGCAGAUCCGGAAAGGAAUGUCUGAAGACGACGGGAGAGUGCGUUAUGCCCUGGUGAAUCUGGCAGAGACUGAAAUUACUAAAAUGGCCUCUGAUUAUGCAGAAAAUGAAUUAGAAUUGUUCAGAAAAACAAUGGACCUAAUCAUUUUAUCAGAAAAUGGCUUUGCCUCUUCCACAGAGAUUUUAAACUUUGUUGACCAACUGAAGACAAAGAAAAUGAAGAAAAAGGAAGCAGAGCAAGUGUUGAAACUUUUUGUGGAGGAUAAGUGGCUCUCUGAGAAAAAUGGGGAAUAUACACUGCAUACUCGCUGCAUAAUGGAGAUGGAGCAAUAUAUUCUCAGCAACUACCAAGGUGUAGCAAGGAAGUGCAACAUCUGUCACAGCCUUGCCAUCCAGAGCCAAGUAUGUGAAACCUGUGGAAUUGGAAUGCAUUUACCUUGUGUUGGAAAGUACUUCAAAGCUCAGACUGAACCACACUGUCCUCACUGUAAUGAUUUCUGGCCUCAUGAGAUUCCAGAGGUGAGUCGGAUAGAUUCCCAGGUGUCAUCAAAGAGAGAGAGAGGAAAAGAGCUUCAUUCUCAGCACUAGAUAGUUAAGACUGCUUUCAGUGAUU